AUGAACUCGAGAGUGACAAUGGACAAACUCGAGGGAUACGCCCGUCAACUCUCCGACGCAGCCCAAGCCCUAACCGCCUACAGUCGCCUUCUCCAUGGACCCUUUCUCUCUACAAAAGCGCCAACAGAAAUCCAACAGGCGCGACGGUUAAUUCUCUCCAAUCUGACCCAGAUUCAGAUCCUCCUCAGUGAACCGGAGGCCUUUCUCCAGCAGCUAGCGACGCAGAACCAAUAUCUUGCCUGUAUUCACUGGCUCGGCGAGUUCCAAGUAUUGGCCUGCAUCCCCCUAUCCCACAGUGUCCCCUUCGAAGAUGUGGCCGAACUAGCGGGGAUUCCGGAGUCACAUCUGCGUCGGGUCGUCCGCAUGAUAGCGACAACGGGAUUCCUGCAGGAGCCUGAGCCAGGCCACGUCGCGCAUAGCGCCUUGUCAGCCCACUUUGUAACACGACCGUCGUAUCUUGACGCAGCCAUGUUUCUCGCUGAGACGGCCGCCCCGGCUGCCCUGCAGAUGCCCGCCACUAGUCGGGACCCCGCCUCCGCCUCUUUAUUGAUGACUACAGCUUCUGGACAGCAGCCCAGGGUCCAACGGCAAUGGUCCGCCUACCUGCAGUACGGACUGGGCCACACGGAUGGUAAUGCACUAGAGCCGCUGGAUCAAUUUGACUGGGCGGGGUUAGGAGGUGCGACUGUAGUGACGUCUGGAACACGCGCUGUUCCCGCCAUCCGCAGCCUAGCAGAGCGAUAUCCAACCCUCCUUCGACUCAUCGUCCAGACCGACGGGGAUCUCGGACCUGAUGGAAUCUGUCCGCGCAUAACACCUCAGAGCCGAACUCCAGGCACAUUACAGAAUGUCCCCGAUGCGGAUGUCUACGUUAUCGGACUGCCGUCUCCCUCACCCGCACUCCCUGUCUCAGCCAUCCUCGAUCAGAUGGCAUGUGAGCUCCGCGCUCAUCUACCUGUAGCGCGGGCUGCGCGACGUCCCGCGAUCUUGAUGCUCGCUCCUCGCUUGCUAUGUGAUCAGGGCUCCUCGACGGAGUCAACUGGCCAGCUCGUGGCUCGGUUGCACGACCUGUCGCUUUUGCAGCUCGCCAAUGAGCGGGCGAUGGAGAUGGCUGAGCUGAUUCAGAUCGUUAACAGUAUCGGGGAUGGGACGGGUCGUCUAGGGGUGGUACGGCGGAUGGGCACCCCUCAUACGGCGGGUGUUUUGUUGGAAGUUCGAUAUCAUGCGUACGGCAGUGAUCGGUAA